AUGGUGUCUACUUACAAUAAGGAAAAGCCUUGGGAUACUGAGGAUAUCGAUAAAUGGCAAACUGAAGAGUUUAAACCAGAAGAUAAUGCCUCUGGUUUACCAUUUGCAGAAGAAUCAAGUUUUAUGACUUUGUUCCCAAAAUACAGGGAAAGUUACUUGAAAUCUGUUUGGAAGGAUGUUACCAAGGCACUUGAAAAGCAUCAUAUUGCAUGCAUUUUAGAUUUGGUUGAAGGUUCUAUGACCGUUAAGACUACUAGAAAGACUUACGACCCUGCCAUCAUUCUGAAGGCAAGAGAUUUAAUCAAAUUAUUAGCACGUUCUGUUCCAUUCCCACAAGCGAUCAAGAUUCUAGAAGAUAAUAUGGCCUGUGAUGUGAUAAAGAUCGGUAAUUUUGUGUCCAACAAGGAAAGAUUUGUCAAGAGAAGACAACGUUUAGUUGGUCCAAAUGGUAACACUUUAAAGGCAUUGGAACUAUUAACCAAAUGUUACAUACUUGUUCAAGGUAAUACAGUUAGUGCUAUGGGACCAUUCAAGGGCUUGAAGGAAGUACGUCGUGUGGUCGAAGAUUGUAUGUUAAAUGUACACCCAAUCUAUCACAUUAAAGAAUUAAUGAUUAAAAGAGAGUUAGCAAAGAAACCAGAAUUAGCCAACGAAGAUUGGUCAAGAUUCUUACCCAUGUUCAAGAAAAGAAAUGUUGCACGUAAGAAGCCAAAGAAGAUUAGAAAGGAAAAGAAAGUCUACACACCAUUCCCACCUACUCAAUUGCCUAGAAAGGUUGAUUUGGAAAUUGAAAGUGGUGAGUAUUUCUUAAGUAAGAAAGAAAAGGAAGUAAAGAAAUUAGAAGAACGUAAAGAAGAACAAGCUAAGAAACAAGAAGAGAAGGAAAAGGAAAGAAAAAAGAAUUAUAUUGCACCAAAGGAAGAAUCUUAUAAGAGUAGCAUAGAUAAGAAGAAGAAGAAGAGAAGCAAAAAUGUUGCCGAUGACGAAGCUGAAAUAGAUAAUUCAGAAAAAUCAGUUAAGAAACACAAGGCAUAG